CUGAAGAGGCUGAGGGGCUGAGGAGCCUUAGGACGCCCAUUGGGAGAUUCCUGAAGCCGACUCAGAGCCAGAGAAUUUGCCUGCAAUUUGAGCAUCCUCCAAUUCUUCCCCACCUCAAUCCCUGUUGCUAUGGAAACCACCAAUGGAACCAAGGCCUGGUAUGAGAGCCUGCACGCUGUGCUGAAGGCUCUAAAUGCUACUCUUCACAGCAACUUGCUCUGCUGGCCAGACAACCUGACAGUGGAGAGGCAGACCAGCCUACCUGGUCGUGAUGACAACUCCUACAUGUAUAUUCUCUUUGUCAUGUUCCUAUUUGCUGUCACUGUGGGUAGCCUCAUCCUGGGAUACACCCGCUCCCGCAAAGUGGACAAGCGCAGCGACCCCUACCACGUGUACAUCAAGAACCGUGUGUCUAUGAUCUGAUGUUAGGGGGCCUGGGAUGGCUGACGAUCAAGACUUGAGGGUUGUCUUCUGGGGCCUCCAGCACUCAGCCAUGGGUCACAUCAGGUCUGUGACCCUCUCUAUAAGGUCAACAAGAAACAGUGCUAAGGGAUGUCAUCAUUGGGCUGGGAGGAGACGGGCAGGCCUGAGCCUUGUGGAUAAGGACUUUUUCCCAGCCAAAAUAGAUUUUAUAGAUAAUGGGAGCCCCAUGAACAAAUAUAUAGAAGUAGCAAAAGAUAAUAACCAAUGACUGAUCCAGUGGCUUGAGUCCAGUGGGUUGGGGGUUAGGGGCUGGAGGAAGGAGAAAAGGAAGUUAUAGCAGAAGGAAAUGAAACAGGAAGAUGCACUGAGGACGUUUUUUUUUUUUAUAUGUUAUCUUCAAUGACCAUGAGAAGCAGCGAUGAUUAUCCCAUACCACAGGAAAUCUGAGUAAUAUUACUUAUUUAUAUUUGUUCACAUUUUAUGUUUUUCAACCCACUUAACAUUUAUGAUUUUUACCCCACUGUAAGGGAAGCGGGGCAGGUACCAUUCUGUCCAUUUGGGUCAGCAUGGUGCCACUAGAACCCAGGAACUCUGGUCUCCUUGCCCAGUGCUUUUCAAAACUGUGCCACACAGGGGUGGAUCCAGGCCUGGACAAUAUACAAUUCUGGGAGCCCUCUUUAAGAAAAAGAAUUUUAAAAAUCUUACUUCUACAAAUAUUACAAACACAUAUUGUCAUAUUAAUACAUUGCUAGGGACCCUCCUAAGACUUUAAGAAGCCGUGCAAAUGCAGGGCCCUGAAUGAUAAGCCUGCUUAGCUCCAGGGUUCAUGUGCCUCUCCAGCCAGGUCACAGUUGUCACAGUGCCCUUCCCAGCCAUAUCUCCAGUCAUGGGGACUUCACUACCUCUAGCUCAGCCUGUUCCAUUUUGAUUGAGUUCUGUGAGAAAUUUUCUAAUACCAAGUUGAAAUCUGCUUCUUGAAGAUUAUUACCACACCUAGAAGAUUAUCAUAUGAAAAGAAGUAGAGUGUGCAACGCAGGCAUCUGGUUCAGUGAAAAGAGAAUCCGCCAUGAUUCUACCGCAAAUGAGUAUGAUACUGACGAGUCACUUCUCUCGGAUCCUUCCCUCUUCAGCACAGUGAAAUGGACUCUCUAAGACCCCGACCAGUCCUGACAUUCUAGGCUUCAUGUAUAUCAGGUUGAACCAUAUCAAACUGCUGUGUUUGUGGGUCAAAAACAGCUGAGUAUCAGUAGUUUCAUAUGGUUCAAUCUAAUACGUGCAAUGUGGCAGGUGAAUACUUUACAAACUACAAAUCCCAGGUUGGAACCUCUCACUGUUCUGUUUGAUUUCUGUUUAAGGAAUCUCCAUGGUGUCACCAGGAAACCCUAUUGAGACAUACAUAUUCAUGUAUAGCAAAAAUUCUAAAAGAAUAUUUCUAUAGCAGUUAUCUUUGAGGAGAAGGACUAUGGGUAAUGUUCCCUUUCUACUUUAAAAUGUUAUGUAAUAUUUGAUUUAUUUGCCCAUAAGUAUGUUACUUGUAUAAUAAGGGGUGUGUGUGGGGGGAGCUACUUCCACUUUGAAAAAAUAAAUGCCUAUGUGUUUCUUGAAUGGAGGAUCACAGAACACAUUUGCUCCCACGAGCAAUUAGUUAUGUUGAAUCCCUAAGCCCUGUGUGUGCUCCAGCCUUUCCUUAUGUCUUCUUGAGGGAGAAAGUAGAGACCUGCUUAAGAAGAUGUGAAGUAUGGGAUGACAACAGACUCACAAGUCUAUAGUUGGAUGGGCCUUUAGAGACCACUCAGCCCAAACUCCCAAAUAAAAUAUGGAUUGCAAUCAAGUGUAAGAAUGAAUGUCAGGGGAUGGAUGCUAGAAGAGUUUUGUUUGUUUGUUUUUUAAAGAUUUUUA